UUGUAGGGCUACACUACAAGCACAUUAGGGUUGAAAUCUUUCUCACGAGUAAGACCAAGCAGAUUUUCAGAAUAUCAAAAGCUCCCCAUGGAGUAUUGUUUCAGCUCACCUGAAGAAGAAGUUCGUACACUUCCAAGAAAGCUGCCACGAACUGGAAGAGAGCUGGAACCUCCAAGAGAGUUGCGACCAACUACAAGAGAGCUGCCACCAACUACAAGAGAGUUGCCACCAACUACAAGAGAGCUGCCACCAACUACAAGAGAGCUGCCACCAACUCACUACAUAUUUAAGAUUGAGUCGUUUUCGAAUAUCUUAACGAUCUUUCCAGAGGACAAAGAGGCAAAGUAUGACUCAGACGUUUUCGAAUCUGGUGGCUAUAAAUGGAGACUGUCUUUCUAUCCAAACGGAAGGAAAGAAUGUAAUGGGCAGGAACACAUAUCACUCUACUUGGCGAUUGCAGAAACAGAUUCUUUACCUCUUGGUUGGAAGGUUAAUGCAAUCUGUAGAUUGUUUGUGCUGGAUCAGAUUCGGGGCGAGUACUUGACACUGCAAGAUGCUAAUAGCAAAGUAAGGCUCUUUCAUGCAAUGAAAACCGAGUGGGGGUUUUCACAGUUUCUCUCCCUUGAUACUUUUCGUGAUCCUUCUAAUGGAUACCUUGUUAAUGAUUCAUGCGUACUUGGCGCUGAGGUUUUUGUCACAAAUUAUACUGGUAAGGGGGAGUGUCUGUCCAUAUUGAGUUUUCCAAUCACAGGCAUCCGCACUUGGACUUAUAGCAAGUUUUCAACAAUAAAUAAUGAAUAUCUUACGCUGGAGUUCAUAAUUGGAGCACGCAAAUGGGAGCUGAAGCUAUAUCCAAGAGCAGUUUCAAAUCAAGACGGUAAAGUCUAUUUUAGGUUGUUUUUAUCGUUGGGUGAUUGGGAAGUUGCUCCCCCCAAAGGAAAAUUGUAUGCUAAAUAUACCCUGCGUGUAAAGGACCAGAGAAGCCAGGGAAAGCAUGCAGAGCUAACAGAUUAUAAUUGGUUCUCAAACUCGGUCAGGGGCUACGAUUACCCGAAGUUCCUGUUGCAAAGUGAGCUCAAGGAUACAUCAAGGGGCUUCCUUCUCAAUGACAAUUUAAUUGUUGAAGCAGAGAUUGAAAUAAUAUCUACUGUCAAGAAUUUUAUUGAAAAGAAGUGAAGGUGCUUAGUUUGAUGGUUGAACUUGUAAUAAUUACUUGUUGGUCAAGUUGCAAUAAGCUAAACUUUCAUGUGUGCUAAUAAAUUAAUGUACUUUUGAUAU